AUGUUUGGAUCGCUGCUGGUGGGGAUCGCGACGCUGCUGGGAGUGAUCUACGCCUUCCUGGUGUCCAACUUUGGCCACUGGCGCCGGCGUGGAGUGCUGGAGCCACGGGUCCUCCCGCUCCUGGGCUCCUUUCCCAAUAUUGUGUGGCCACGCCAGCACUUCACCAUGGACAUGCGCGAUAUCUACAUGCAAUACCGGGAUACGCACAGCUAUGUGGGUUGCUUCAUGCUGCGCGCACCCAAGCUGCUCGUUCUGGAGCCCCGCCUGGUGUACGAGAUCUAUGUGAGUGCCUUCGGCCACUUCGAAGACAACGAUGCCUCCAAGAUGGUGGACAUCGGCAAGGAUCGACUGGUCGCCCUCAAUCCCUUUGUGCUCGAGGGCGAUGAGUGGCGCCGCCAGCGGGCGGUCUUCUCAACACUGCUGACCAACGGUCGCAUCCGCACCACCCAUGCGAUCAUGCAGCGCGUGUGUCGGGAUCUAUGCACCUUCAUCUCCAGGCAGUCGGUGGACGAGCUGGAUGGGAUUGAUCUCGGCCUGCGCUUCACCGGCGAGUCGCUGUUCGACUGUGUGUUGGGCAUCCAGGCGCGCACCUUCAGCGAUGAUCCGCUGCCGGUUGUCCGCCAGAACCAGGAGAUGUCCGCCGAGAAUCGGGGAUUGGCCAUCGCCGGUGCCGCCUGCGGCCUCUUUCCCAAUCUGCCGCGACGUUUGCGACCCAAGGUCUUUCCCCGCUCCUACGAUCGCUUCUUCGGCGCCAUGAUCAGCGAGGCACUGCGUCUGCGCAGGUCCAGGCACCAGGAGCGGAACGACUUCAUCAACCACCUGCUCGAGCUGCAGAGGGACCUCCGUCUCAGCGAGGAGGACAUGGCCUCGCAUGUCAUGACCUUCAUGUUCGACGGCAUGGACACCACCUCCAACAGCAUUGCCCACUGCCUCCUGCUGCUUGGUCGUAAUCCGGAUUGCCAGCAACGUCUGUUCGAGGAACUCGAGGAGGCCAAUCCCGGCGGGGAUCUCCCCGAUCUGGACGCGCUCAUAGACCUGCCGUAUCUGAGUGCCUGUUUCAAUGAGAGCUUGAGGAUUUAUCCAGCCGGCGGUUGGGCCUCGAAGACCUGCACGAAGGAGUACGAGUUGCGGGGUAGUCACCACUCGGAACCACUCAAGUUGCGACCCGGCGACAAUGUGAUGGUGCCCAUCUAUGCCCUGCACAACGAUCCCCAUCACUAUCCGGAACCGGAAGUAUUCCGACCCGAAAGAUUCCUGGACGGCGGAUUGAAGACGUUCAAGCAGCAGGGCGUGUUCCUGGGCUUCGGCAAUGGACCGCGACAGUGUGUGGGCAUGAGAUUGGGUUUGGCCAUGGCCAAAGCCGCCCUGGCGGCCAUUGUCCAGAAAUUCGAGGUCCUGGUGAGUCCUCGCACGCGACACGGCACCGAAAUAGAUCCCCUGAUCUUCGUGGGCGUCCACAAGGGCGGCAUUUGGCUGGACUUUGUUCCACGAAAAAUCUAGACUGCAAGGUCCAAACAAAAAUAGAAAUCUGGGCAAUUACAGUAGUCUCUUUAAACUAAAAGUAAACAAAAGGGUUUUAAAAACCAGGAAAGGGGUAGCCCUUAAAAAUAACUUCCAAGGUGGAAACUAAGAUUAUUAUCCUAUAGCUUACGACUAUUAAAAAACUUUAAACAAAUUUGUUGAAUAACUUUAAGAUCAAAGAAUUUCAAUAAUUUAAAAUUAAAAUUAAAAAAGCUAAGAUCUAAAUGAUCAAAGAACAAAUGAAAGGUGAUACAAGAGUACAAUUAAUAAUGGUUAUUUGAUUUUUCUAACAGUUGGUUUUAAUAUUUGAAUGAUUAAAUAAUUUAAUUUAAAAUGAUACAUAAUUAUAUAUGAACAAUUUUUUUCUGUGCCUGGCUUUCCCGACAAUGAUUCAAUGAUUUCUUUGUUAGCAUUGGUGGUUCAAUAAAAAUUAGAGUGGGUCAUCGCUUUUGUUAGUCUCAGGGUUUAGCUGCAUUCAGCUGGGAAUUAUAUCAUCGGGUGGUGUCCAAACACUGGUUAUACAUCAAUAAGGCGACGGCAAUAAAUGCAUUCAAAUAUCAUACACUUCAAAAAAAAAAAGUGUUAAAAUACCGCAAUAAUUGUAUAGCCUUGAUAUGCCUAAAUAUCACUUUAAAUAACUAAACAUUGUUACAAAUACUACAUUGUUAAUAAGAAAAAGUUAAGAAGUUGUAUCUUUCAUCAACUGUGAUUUGUUAUAUCUUGAAAUCUUACAAUCAAAAUGAAAUAAAAAUGAUAUCAAUGGAUCCAUUAUGA